AGCGCGGCACGUCGUCGCGAUGAACCUUGAGCCGCAGCCGAUGGUGGACCGAACAGGGAACUCUACCUGCCAGCGUCUUCACGGAUAAGGCCGUUACAAGAGAUCACGCCGACGACACCGAUCCCGCAAGUUCGCUUGGAUUAGUUCGUUUUCACCACGAUUUUUUCCAAGUAGUACGAACGGAAUUCACCAUGUCUUUCGCAUCCGGACCGAGUCACGCAGCCUACACAUGGGCGGCGCAGGGGGGCGGUUUUGGUAAUCAAACGGUGGUCGACAAAGUGCCACCGGAGAUGCUCCACAUGGUCGACGCCCACUGGUACCAAUUCCCGCCGCUAAACCCUCUGUGGCACGCGCUCCUCGGCUUCGUCAUCGGCGUCCUCGGCACAAUCUCGAUCAUCGGUAACGGCGUGGUGGUAUACAUAUUCACCAGCACCAAGAGUCUCCGCACUCCGAGCAACCUGCUCGUUGUCAAUCUCGCCAUCUCUGACUUCCUCAUGAUGUUGUGCAUGUCUCCAGCUAUGGUGAUCAACUGCUAUUACGAGACCUGGUCGCUAGGACCCUUGUUCUGUGAAUUGUACGGCUUGGCGGGCUCCCUGUUCGGGUGUGGCUCCAUAUGGACGAUGACGAUGAUCGCAUUCGACAGGUACAACGUAAUCGUUAAAGGCUUAUCUGCUAAGCCAAUGACCAUUAACGGCUCCCUCCUUCGCAUAUUCGGCAUCUGGGCUUCCUCGUUGUUUUGGACAAUCGUCCCGCUGUUCGGAUGGAACCGCUACGUACCCGAGGGCAACAUGACUGCCUGCGGUACCGACUACCUGUCCAAGGACAUGAUUUCCAGAUCGUACAUCCUGGCCUACGGCAUUUUCGUCUAUUUCUUGCCGUUGGGUCUCAUCAUCUACAGCUACUUCUUCAUCAUUCAGGCGGUCGCCGCUCACGAGAAGAACAUGCGUGAGCAAGCGAAGAAGAUGAACGUGGCAUCUCUGCGGUCGACCGAGAACCAGAGUACCAGCGCCGAGUGCAAACUGGCUAAAGUAGCUCUCAUGACCAUCUCCCUGUGGUUCAUGGCAUGGACCCCGUACCUGGUCAUCAAUUUCGCGGGUAUCUUCGAGACGACCAAGAUCAGCCCGCUCUUCACGAUCUGGGGCUCUGUCUUUGCCAAAGCCAAUGCCGUGUACAAUCCCAUUGUGUACGGCAUCAGCCAUCCCAAAUAUCGAGCUGCUCUCUUCAAAAGGUUCCCAUCUCUGGCGUGUUCCGCCGAGCCGGCGGCCGGCGCGGAUACAGUGUCCACGACCACGACGGUUACAGAAGGCGAAAAACCUGCCGCAUAAAAUAAAUACGAUGCUGUACACAGUUAAUUUUUCGUUUUGACAAUGCAAUAGAUUUGCUGAAAAUGGACGUAACGCCGUGUGGUAUACUGUUACAUUCUCGUCAUAAAGAAAUCGCAUCAUCAAGCAUGUUGUAAAUAGUUGCAUUAAAUAACGCGUGCAAGAGAGUAUGUCACUAACGCGAGAAUAUAUUUAUAAUCGUGAUUUUAUAUCGUAAGAGAAAGUGUUGUACGGUCAACUGUGAUCAAAGCGAGACUUAAAAACGAAAGCCAAGCCAAUAUGCGAAAAGCUUUAAUCAAGAAAAAUCGAGGGCCAAACACAGUUUCAUAUUAUAACUGUUAGUCUAUGAUACAUUGUAUGGUUCGGCUGCACCACGAGACGAAUCUCUCAUAAAAAUGGCUCAUAGCGCAGUUUGUAAAUUUACAUCACCUCUUGAAAUACAUGGUCACUUUGGAAAGCAAACAUAAUAUAUACUAAUAUCGCUAAAAGUAUUACAUCGCCAUAAAAUGGCGAUGGUGUCUAAUUAAUUUUAUAGAAUUAAAUAAAUUCUGCAUGCAAUCACA